ACAAACAAACACAUUGGGAGUGUGUGGGAUUGUGUUAUUAAAUAUGUGGGUUGUUGAUAUGAUGUUGGGGGUUGUGCUCUCAGUUGUGUUGUGGGUUGUGUUGUCCAUUGUUAUACCAAUGUUUUGCUUUGUUGUUAUGAUGUAUCUGGUCAUGUUGUAUGCUGUUCCUAUCGUGUUGCUGGUUGGUCUUAUAAUGUUGCGGGUUGUUUGUUUCAUCUAUUUGGAUAACUACAGCGAGCUGGAAGAAGAUCCAGAACCCCCCACGUUCGAUGAAACAAUAUAUGCCUUUCAACAUUAUAUAAUGCCGGUCGUUGUUCUUAAGAUGUUGCGGAUCAUAUCGUGGAUGUUGCAGGAUCAGAUGACGAAGAAAAUGGCGAGAGUGAGGGAUGAUCUCACGAAGUUACAAGAAAGGCUAGAAAAGGCCUACAGCAAGUUGGAGUAUGCUGAUGAGGAGAUGAUGAUUGUCCCGUAUGGCACCACCAACACCUUGUUUCAUAAUUUGAGAGCUGUUUCCAAUGACUUGCAAGACUUAAGUGAUGAUUUAUUUAAGCAUGAGGAUAAAUUGAAGACAAUGGCUAGAAUGGCGGAUUAUGAGGUACACUGGUAUUCUCCCUUCAUUUAUGUAUACCUGCUCCUGAUUUUUUUCCCCCAGCAAAUUAAUAGUCAAAAUAACACUCUUAAAAAUAUUGACUCUAGAUUGGAAGAGAUUCUCAAACAAGGGUUAAACAAUGGUUUGACUUUAUUUAAUCUUAAUACCACUGUAGAACAUGAAAUUGAUCUAGUUGGUGGAAUAGAGCAAGAUACUGAAAACCUAGUGGAGAAGUUAAUGAUCACCAGUAGUUCUCCUGGAGUCCAUGUUUAUGGGAUUGUUGGGGAGAGAGGCAUUGGCAAAACAACUCUAGCUAGAAAAAUCUUCAACCACCAAACAAUUAAAGAUAAAUUCCAUUCGCCACCUCCGAUAUGGGUAGAUGUUCACAUGAAUUCUACUUUUCAUACAAUAAUGAAUUCCAUAAAUAAAUUUGAUGGUGAUUUAAUUCAAGAUAAGGAAAUUUUGGUGGUUCUCAAUGAUGUUAAUGAUUCAAAAGUACUAAAAGACAUGACGACGGACUAUAUGCAUUUAAUCACUAAUGCCAAUGUCUUAGUUACAACUAGAUAUGAAAGUGUCAUAACUCAUGAGGGCAUUUAUAAACAUAAGUUGCCAUUAUUGUCCGAGGAGGAUGGUUGGGCCUUGAUGUGUAAAUUAUUAUUUCAUGAUGGUGAAAAGGGGAACAUGCAACACUUUGAACAAAUAGGUAAAAAGAUGGUGAACAAGUGUCAUGGCCUUCCACUUUCAAUCAAAACCAUUGCUAGGAUCCUAAAUGCUAAAGAGAAAAAUCAUAGUGAUAAGUGGGAGAAGGUCCUAGAAAAUAUUAUUGUUUCACUAGAACUCUCAAAUAAAACACUACCUAAGACCGUUUAUUUGCUCCCUUAUGAGAACUUGUCACCUUAUAUCAAGCAAUGCUUCAUCUUCUGUGCUUUCUUCCCCGAGGAUUAUAUCUUCGAGAAGAACAUUUUGAUCCAACAAUGGGUCGUUGUUGGGCUCGUGAAAAAACCAUCAAUGUCAACAGAAGAAGAGAAUGGAGAGAUGCAGCUUUUGGAAGAUGUAGCAAAUGAUUACUACAUGGAACUACUUGAAAGCAAUAUUUUACAACCAGCUGCUGCAGAAUGCUUUUAUUAUGAUGAUAAAGCCAUGUGCCAAAUGCAUGGUAGUAUGCGCUCAUUUGGUCAACAUUUGGUUCAAAACUAUGGUUAUUUUCAAGGUGAUGUACAAGCAUUGGAAGAAGCCGCAACUUCCCCCUCGUCAUUUUCCGCACCAAAGCUACAUCAUUUGGUAAUCACAAAUAAUGCACCAUUGAAUGUAUUUCCAAAUAUUGUGAAAAAACAAACAUCGGUGAGAACACUCAUCUUCACAAGCAAGCUUGAAAUAACCAAGCUACCCAAAGAUCUCUUCCAAAAGCUCAAGCUCUUGCGGAUUUUGGAUAUAAGCGGCUCUGAUUGUAGAGUCCUACCGAACUCUCUAGUCAAGCUCGUGCACCUGCGUUACCUAAAUCUCUCACGUUUGCCCAUCAAAACACUUCCAUAUGCUAUUGGGAAUCUCAUCAAUCUACAACACUUAAUCCUCAGGUACUGUGGAAGUUUACAAUAUCUCCCUGAGAGCAUCGAAAGAUUGCAUAAGCUCAGGAGCAUCGACCUUCACCAAACACCACUCACGAGCACGCCAUUUCGGAUAAGUCAACUACCUCAAUUGACUUGUCUCGUUGGAUUAGUGGCAAGUGACUUCUACGAAAUUAGCACACUGAAGAAGCUCCAAAUACGCCAAGAACAUAUUAAUCUCACUAAUCUCACGCUUUCUUGUCGAGGAAAGGGUCAACCAUAUGAAGAAGCCGAGAAGGAGAAAAUGCAAGAGUGCUUUGAGGCUCUCAACCCUUCGUCCACAUUAAUCCAACAUAUCAAAAUCAAUGGUUACUUCGGCCUAGAAUUCCCUCGAUGGAUCAUGGAUUUACCUUUUAUUAAAUUGAUAAGGCUUGACUUGCUCAAGUGUAAAUAUUGCACGGAACUUCCACCAUUGUACCACUUUCCUUUGUUAGAACAUCUUCGUGUUGAAGAUGCAUGGUCCAUAAAGCACAUUGAUUUAGACGUUGGACCGUGGAGCAAUGUUCCAAGCUUAAAGUCAUUAAUACUGAAAGACAUGCCAGAGUGGGAAGAGUGGACAUGGGAGCCAUAUCAAUCUCAUUUGCUGAAGCCUGUCCUCGAAUUACUGGAGAUCAUCAACUGUCCAAAGCUCAAGUCUCUUCCUCAAGGUCUUGCUUACCAUGCAGAAAGUUUGGCCACUCUCACAAUCUACAAAGCACACAGCCUUGAAAAAGUCGAAGGAUUCGCAUCACUAAAAACCGCCACAUUUUUCAGCAACAACAAUCUCUCCGUUAUCUCUGGUUUUCCAGCAACUUGCAAUUUCGAGAUUGAUGAUUGUCCUAAGUUGGAUGUUACAUUGGUUCCACAAACAUCCCCUACAGACGCGUGCUAAAGACUCAUCCCUGUAAGGUGGUUCAUAUUCUAAAUUCAAAAGGAUUCUGAAUCUAGUUAAUGCAAAACUCCUGCAUCAGUGCUCCAAGUAUCUCCUAUUGGCAUUAGUAUAUAUCUGGUUGUCCACAGACUUAUUACCACUUCUAUGCUUUCUCUGUGAAUCACUGCAAGAGGAUCUUCACGUUUAUAUAGAUUGCAAUAAAUAAUAAAUGUAUAAAUAAUGUAUCUAUCCAGUCAUGUGAAUAAUAAAUAAUGCAUUCCUCCUGCA